CUCCAUUUCUUUUGUACAAGUGGUAAUUUUGUUUAGCGAUUUAUAGUUUUAGAUGCCAUAACCCUAAUGAACACCACGAUCAAUUUAUCAUAUCAUACAUAUUUAAACUCCUUCACAUGAAACCUAUGCGUUAGGAAACUUGAACAUGAUAGGGUGUGACACAGAGUCUCAUCAUCUACCUUCUCCAUGACUUCACAAAUCCAGCUUCCCACUGUUAGGUUUGGUUCAAGUUCGAAAAGUGGUCGAGAUAUUUGUAUGUUUUUUGUUUUUAUUGGAUAUAAGCUUAUCUCGUUACUAGUCAUCAAAUUUUUAGUGUAUGGUUUGUUGGUUGUGGUUUCAGACUCUAACACUCCAGGUGUGGUUUCGAUUCUUCGAGAGGAUGUUAUGGGAGUUAUUCCCCUCCAUGUUUGAAUGAGAGAUGUUUCUUUCUCCGAACUUACAGCUUGUAGUACAAGGUAGUAGUUCAUGGAUACGGAGGAAGUUGUUGAAGAAGAGAUAAGAUAGAGUAAUCUUUCUUACAAAGACUCAAUAGUGAGUGAAUGCAAAAUAGAUAAAAACUUGAUUUUGAUCAUGAUGAAUUAUUAUUAGGGUUAAUACCUUAUUUUAGCCUGAACUAUGACCAUAUAAUCAACUUUGGUCCGUGGUUUCAUAAAUUAACAUCAUGCCCCGAACUAUACAACAUAUAGACUCAAUUGGCCCGAUUCGUCAAUUUCCGUCAAAUUAGACGAUCAAUAGUGUUGACCGUUAGUGAAUAAGCAUGUUGUGCUUAUGUGGAUGCCAUGUAGACAUUAAAAAUUAAUAAAAUAUUAAAUAGAUUAAUAAAACUCAAACUAUCAACUACCAUUAAUAAUAAUAAAAGAAAACUGUUAUUAAUGAAAGAAAUCGCCAUCUCUCAUCUGCCUCACUCAUCUGUCAAUUCACUCCUCUGUUCCCCUUUCUUCCUCCAGAAAACCUUCUACCUCUGUUCUUCUUUCUUCCUCCACAAAAAUCAUCACCUCUCUCAAAAUCAUUUUGAUUCCUUACUUCCCCCAAAUUUCUCUAACCACAUUGGGGUCCACUGAAGAGGCGUUAUAGCUCGAUUUCUUCUUCCAGCCAUCGGAGGCAAUCUGGAAGAACAUGGCUUCUCGAAUCCUUGCCUCGGACUCUGCUCUAGCUUCCUCGUACUUGAUAUCCAGCUUCCCGCCGGCGAAAUCACGCCUGGAGACAGCCGGGAGGCCGACCUAGUUGAGGAAAGCUCGGAACCAGCGGGGAGCCUGUUGCACAAAUUCGUCAACAAUGAUGACGAGUAGCGGAACCAGCGGGUGAAGGACGGUCGUGAAUCGCGUCGUGAAGGGACCCUGGGUGGUGAAGAAGACGGUCAGGAAUCACAGCGCGUGCCUGUUGCGGAAGGCGCUCACCUGCAAUUACCAAAGUGGCCGAACUAUUUGGAGAUAGAUGUUGAUAUCGCAAUCUCGACAAUCACCACCGCGAUUCUGCAUCUGGCGCUGGGGUGCGUGACGAGCAUGGCGAUUGGUAUGGGUUCCUGGUGGAGGCACAGGAGGAAGAGGAGAUGCCCGAGAGGUUGAUCGGCAUCGUGAGGGUUUGUCAGAUGGAGAUGUCGUCGGCCGCGAUUGUGGAGAGGGCGACGACGACAAUGAUGGUUGGGCGUUGGAUAGGGUUGGCGAAGGUCAAUGACGAAGAUGGAUUGAUUCGUUGUGGAACAUCGGAGCUUGACGGCUUAGGGGAGUCCGGUGUCUGCUUUGGAGAAGAAUAAUGGUUAGGGUUAGGGAUUUUUUUGGUUUUGCUAGAAGAAGGAAAGUGGCGAGGGGAUAAGGUGGUGGGUGUCCGACAAUAAUUUUAUUUUGUUUUGAUUUUUUUAAUUAGGUAAAGGAAAUCAUAAAAGAAAAAUGAAAUUCGAUUUUUUUAUUUCUUUGGUGCUGACAUGGCGGUGACCUGUACAGUUGACUAACGUUCAACAGUGCUGGCCGUCCAAACAAACGGUCAAAUCAUGCUCCCGGCCAAAUGAGUCUGUAUGCUGCAAAGUUCGAGCCAGGAUGUUAAUUUUUGAAACCACGGGCCAAAGUUGAUUAUAUGAUCAUAGUUCGGGCCAGAAUAAGGUAUUAACCCUUAUUAUUAUAACUAGUUUUGUGCCCGCCCGAUGGACGGUAUGUGUUAUUUUUUGUCAUUUUCACAAUAAUGGUAGACAACUAUUUCUCUUUGUAUAUACUUAUUAAGGUUAUUUAUAAUUCAAAAUUUGUCUGAUAAAAGGGUCGCCACAUUUAGUUUGAGUGUGGCUAGAAGCAAUGAUCAUGUAAAACAAUGAGUCAGUACUUCAUAACCAUUUUGAAAAUCAUAUUCACGAUCAUUUACUCUUUGAUUGACCAACAGUUUUUAACUUCAUAUGUUAUCCAUAACUUUUCAUUAAUUUUGCCUUCCGUGCAACUAUAUGUUUGUGCCAAAUAUUGUUAGCGUCUAACAUUUCUUUCAGCCUCGUGAUACAAAUUCACACAGAUAAAUCAAAUUAUCCUAUGUAAUGAUCAAAUUGGAUUUAAUUCAAUAUAUUUCUCCACUUGGUGAAUGUAUAACUUAACAAACUUAGUACUUAAAUAUUCUAGUGGUAGUUGACUGCUCAAUCGAUGGUAAAUUGGUUCAUAAUCGAUACGUAUAAUCCAUGUCCAUCAUUUAAUAGUGAUCUAUCUUGCCGCUCAUACAACUAAGUCAAAAGAUACCAUUGUUGUACAUAGUUCUUUUUUCAUGAUGCACUUUGUAUUUCUAAAUACCAUCCGAACAACACUAACGUGUAGUUGAAUGAGAUCCAAGAGUGAAAAAUUCACAUAGUUGAUAAAUAAGCACGUAAGAAAUAAACAUGGGUUAGAUCAAUGAAAGAGAGAUAUUAUUGCAUAUCAUGAGCAUGUAAUUAAGGUGUAGUUGUAGUCUUAUACUACCAAUUAUACAUAUAUAAUUGUGAAUUACCUUUAACCUUUUGACACUGAUAUAACAAAACUUAGCCAUAGAGGCACUCCUUCUCCAUUUUACAAUACCAAACAAUAUUAAUUCAAUAAUAAAAGAACUAAAGAAAAUAGCAGUAACGACAGCUAUAAUGUUCCUCCUUAUAGUUUACUCCCCGUCAUCAUUAUAAUUACAAAAAAAAAUAAUAAUUAAGGUUUAUCUUUGCAUCAUGCAAUUGAAUUGCCUCUUAGACAUUCUAACGAAAAACUCAAAUUAAUUGAUGGCUAGAUUGGAGUAAUUGAUGGAUUUUUACUGGAAAAUGAAACAUUGCUAUUAAGAAUUGAUUAUGUGCUAAAUCAUGAAAACCCAACCCAGAUAGGUAUAUAUGGAGAAUGAAUGUAGGAACGGAAGCGACUUGAGUGAAGUGUAAAUGCAUAUGUAUAUGAAAAGGUGGUGACCUAAGUUGUUCUAAUCAUUCACUGACCAACAAUAAAGUAGAAGCAAAAUGCGAAGGAUGAUUUAAUUUUAACGUAUUUACGAAUGACCGAGCUUGAGCAGAGCUGACAUACAUUUGUAUGCAAAAAGGAGUUAUAAUUAUGGAGAAAAAAGGCAGAAAAUAAAAAGAAAUUUUGCGA